AUGCGCAGAGUGGUUGUGACCGGGUUGGGAGCUGUCACGCCCUUAGGAGUCGGAGUCCGCCGAACCUGGCAAAGACUGCUCAACGGCGAAUGCGGCAUCGUCUCGACCAGACAUUUGGGCCUCGAGUUCGCCGGGCUGCCCAGUCAAGUCGCCGGUCUUGUUCCCGUUUCAGUCCCAGGAUCUGGGUCCCAUGACGGUGCAGGAGAGGGUGUGUGGCACGCCCAAGAUCAUGUGUCGCCUACGGAACUGAGGCAGACAGCCAAGUUCGCUCAAUACGGUCUUGCAGCAGCGGCAGAGGCCUUGAAGGAUGCUGGAUUCGACGGCGGUAAAGGACUCGAUCCUGAGAUGACUGGCGUCUGUUUGGGCUCCGGCAUUGGCAACCUCGAGGAACUCUAUACCACUUCGGUGGCCUACCACCAAGCCAAUUAUCGCAAAAUCCAUCCGCUGUUCGUCCCUCGCCUCCUGAUCAACCUUGGGGCUGGACACAUAUCUAUGAGAUAUGGACUGAAGGGUCCGAACCACGCUGCCACCACCGCCUGCACUACAGGCGCCCACUCUAUAGGCGACGCGUCCAGAUUCAUCCAGGCGGGAGAGGCAGAUGUCAUGGUCGCAGGAGGUGCUGAAUCUUGCAUCCAUCCGCUGGCCAUUGGCGGGUUCGCCCGAUCUCGAAGCCUCGCCACUCAAUUCAACGCCGAGCCACAUCUAUCAUCCAGGCCGUUCGAUAGUAAGAGGUCAGGCUUUGUCAUCAGCGAAGGUGCAGCGUGUGUCAUAUUGGAGGAACUCGAGCACGCGAAAAGGCGAGGCGCUAGAAUAUACGCCGAGCUGGUUGGAUACGGGAAUUCAGCAGAUGCACACCAUCUCACUGCUCCCCAAGAAGACGGCAGUGGAGCAUAUUUGGCCAUGAAGAAAGCCCUCAAGCUCGCUCAAAUCCCACCAUCGGCAGUUGACUAUAUCAACGCCCAUGCUACUUCCACCCCUCUCGGCGAUGCGGCAGAGAACCAAGCCAUCAAGGCCCUAAUGUUGGGCCCCCUGGGCAAGAAACAGGCUUCGCAGAUCAAUGUAAGUAGCACGAAAGGUGCUCUGGGUCAUUUGCUCGGGGCUGCUGGCGCCAUCGAGGCUAUCUUCAGUAUCUUAGCCAUACAUGAGAAUGCCUUGCCUCCAACCAUUAACCUUUGCUCCGUUGGGGAGAAUUUUGAUUGCAACUAUGUCGCAAACACAGCACAGCAAGCAGAAGUUGGCGUCGCGCUCUCCAACAGCUUCGGGUUUGGAGGCACCAAUGCAAGUCUCUGCUUUAGGAAGUGCGAGUGA